UUGCACUCAGUCACUUACCAGGUGACAUCAGUGGAGUCUGUGAGGGUUUAGGGCUUAGGGGUGACAUUGACUGGGCCAGAGUCACAGCCAGAAGCAGCUGGUCCAAAGGCACACACAAGCAUGGCUCGCCGCGUUGCCGUGAUCGGAGGGGGAGCAUCAGGGCUGUCUUGUAUCAAGUGCUGCCUUGACGAGGGACUGGAGCCGGUCUGCUUUGAAAGCAGCGAUGACAUCGGGGGCUUGUGGAGGUUCAAGGAGGAGCCGGAGAAGGACCGGGCUAGCAUCUACCCAUCUGUCACCAUCAACACCUCCAAGGAAAUGAUGAGCUUCAGCGACUUCCCCAUGCCUGCCCACUUCCCCAACUUCAUGCACAACUCCCUCGUCAUAGAAUACUUCCGGAAGUACGUGGAGCACUUCAGACUGCUCCGUUACAUCCGCCUCCAGACCAGCGUCUGCAGUGUGCGUCAAAGGCCUGACUUCGCUCGCUCGGGCCAGUGGGACGUGGUGACCAAAAACAGACAGGGCCAGGAGGAGAGGCACAUCUUUGAUGCUAUUUUCGUCUGUAUAGGACACCAUGUGUCCCCACACAUCCCUUUGAAAGAUUUCCCAGGAAUCGACACCUUUAAAGGGAAGUGGAUCCACAGCCGAGACUAUAAAUCUCCCGAAGAAUGGCAGGGGAAGAGGGUGGUCGUGAUCGGGAUUGGGAAUUCUGGGGGCGACAUUGCUGUGGAGUUAAGCAGGGUGACCAAGCAGGUGUUCCUCAGCACGCGGAGGGGCGCGUGGAUCCUGAACCGUGUGGGGGAGAACGGAUUCCCCAUGGACAUAAAACUCAGCAGGCUCCAGAACAUAAUGAAGGCCAUUAUGCCCAUUAAUGUCACAUCCACGAUAGGCGAAAGAAGACUUAACAAGAGAUUCAACCACAAGCUGUACUCCAUCAAACCCAAGCAUAGGUUAGACAACCAGCACCCCAUGAUCAAUGAUGAGCUGCCCAACCGCAUCCUUUCUGGCACGGUCCUGGUGAAGACUAACGUGUCCAGGAUCGAGGGUUCCAGCGUGAUGUUCGAGGAUGGGACGGUGGAGGAGGACAUCGACCUGGUGGUCUUCGCCACUGGAUACAGCUUCUCUUUUCCCUUCCUCCCCUCGUCUGUCAUCUCGGUUUCAGAGAACAAGACUUCGCUCUACAAAUAUGUCUUCCCCCCCACACUGGAGCAACCCACGCUGGCCAUCAUCGGGCUGAUCCAGCCCCUGGGGGCCAUAAUGCCCAUUUCAGAGAUGCAGGCAAGAUGGGCUACGCGCAUCUUCAAAGGGCUGAACAAACUUCCCCCAGUGAACAGAAUGCUGAAGGAGAUCAAAGUGACCAAGGAAAUGAUGGAGAAAAGUUAUGUAAAGUCUCAGAGACACACCAUCGAGGUGGACUACAUCAGCUACAUGGAUGAGCUGGCGAAGCUGUUUGGGGUGCGGCCCAAGGUCCUCCGGCUGCUACUGCGGGAUCCUCGCCUCGGUCUCAGCGUCCUGCUGGGGCCCUGUACCCCGUACCAGUACCGGCUAUACGGGCCGGGUCAGUGGGCGGGGGCCCGGCAGGCCAUUCUCACGCAGUUGGAGCGGGUGGCCCAGCCGAUGAAGACCCGGGCCGUGGCAGAGUCCCCCUCUUCGAGGCUGCCGUUGCUGCUCGCUCUCAGUGGCGCCGCCCUAGUGGUAGCAGCUGUCUGUGCUGGAAUAAACUUUCCAGACCUCUUGGCUUCCCUGAGCAAUUGGAGGAUGUUUGUGCCGUCAUUCCUUCACAUGGUGUAAAAGUACACUGAAAAUUAGCUUUACCCUGGGAAAUUCCAUUUAUCCCAUGUAUUAGAGUAUGUAUACAAAACAGCAAUCAGAUGGGGGAAUGAUUUAUAAUUACUCAGUUCAUAGGUUGUUCUAAGGGGAUUUGCAGAGAUGUAUGAAACGUGAGCAUUUUCUUUGUUUAGGGGUUUCUUAAUGAGAGGAAUUUUAUCUUAAGUCGUAUCAGGGAAAUCUACGUCGUGCCUGGUGCUGAACAGAAUUUAAAGAAGGGAAAGUGUAUUAGGACAAACUUGUGGAUGAGUACGUCGCCUAGAAAUAAUCAUUGUCCUCCUGUUACUGUCAUACAUAUGAGGUGAUUCAGGUAUUGAUUGAUUCUGAUGGUGUAUGGACUAAUCCCGAGAUUCAAAUACGUCGUCCAUGAUUGACCCAUAGUAUUAUUGUGUCAAGGUCGAACAGCAUAAACGUUUUGUACUGAUCACUUGUAUAACUUGUUUUUCACAGAAUACCUUGUUUCUCAUGAAAGGAGCCAAAAUGCUUGUCUUAAAAAUCCUUGUUCUGGGAUGCUUAACCUGUUCAAGGACGCUUGUCUUGUUAAUUUGUUUCAUGAUCUGUUUGCCAUGUUUUUUCCUGAGGACAAGAGAAAGUGUUGCCCGAUAUGUUUUUCUCACCCUUGGUCUGUGUGUGGGACACUUACCUCGUCUUCAGGAAGAAGGGAACGCAUUGAGUAUGGGAACUUGUCUUAUUGUUUUUGAUCGAAACCGCAAGCUGCAUUACCCGGACAAAACUGAAAAAUUGAGAAUGAAUUGCCUGAGGGGAGGGGUGAGCCUGGCCAGCUCAUUCCCUGUCCACACACAGCGCCCAAAUUAGUAUAAAGGAAGGGGGAGAUCUCAGUGCCGACUGGACCUUCAGUCUAAGCGUGACGGUGGGUGAUGAUAGCUCGUCCGAGUGUAAAUAGCUUGUUGCAUUUUAUUGAUUAUUGGGAUUACUUAUCACGGUUUAUGAUAUACCUAAUGCUUUGUAUUCUUUUAUUAUUGCUCGUGAUAUAUACAUACAUAUAAUAUCAUUUUGUAUCACUUAUUGAUUAUUGGGAUUACUUAUCACGGUUUAUGACUUGUAUUACUUUGUAUUCUUUGGACUAACCAUUGUUCAUGAUUUAAAUGCAAUAGUUUGUGCUUGUUUGAUUAUUAUUGAUUAUUCGUUAUAUAUAGAUAUAUAACCAUUUUGUAUCACUUUUAAAAAAUAUUUUUGAGUAAACCUAAACCUGCCUGUUUGUUCCUUCGAGAGCCUUAUAUCUCGCUCAUAUCAUUUUAACACAGAAAGUAACUAGAUUUUUUUACUUCGAUACUACCAUUCAAAAAAUGAGCUUGAGAUAAAAGGUUCAUCUUAUGUAAAUCAGCAACCAUUUACCUUAUUUUCUUCUGGCAAUAUUCAUAUUCUGUACUUAUGAAUCUCUUUAAACAUGGUAAUCUUAAUCUCUUUAAAAAAAUAAAUAAUGUAAACAAAGAAUAA